AUGUCUGCCAACUUUUCUUGUCUUGUCCGUUUCAAGGACCCCGGUGGUCAAAUUCACUAUGGCGAUGUUGCAAACACCAUAGAUCUCGUGGGGCAGACUGCCACCAUUCUGGAAGGGGACGACCCAUGGAAUCUCAAACCUGGAUCCCAAAAAGCACAGAUCGCAGAGGUUCUCUGCCCUCUGGAAAGUGUCCCGCUCAUCUAUGGAAUCGGACUCAAUUACAAGAAACACAUAGAAGAGUCUUCGUUUCCUUCCGACAUACUGAAAACGAGUACAUAA